AUGAACGCCUCCACGGAGCACCAAGAUGAAAUUGCCAAGUUGGUUGAGCAACACGAAGCAGUUCCUCCGCCCUGGUUUCUGUUUCCAAACCUUCAUCCGUACAGCAUCGGCUGGCGCAUGGGUGCUGGCGAGUCUUAUCUUAUGAUGUAUUGGACUUGGUGGAAGCAACAAAAAGAGCAACUCGACGAAACGCAACGAAUUGCGUAUUUUUGCAGAUGGCCGCCUCCACCCGAGUGGCUCGUUUGGAUGAUAGAAGUAAUCUGGGAUCUUGAUCCCAAGGACUUUGAGGAUGACGAUGAUUACUCGCCCUACUUCACGCGUGUUGAGAAACUCGGUUUUGGGUCUAAAGAUGAUUAUAAGAAGGCUAUGCGUGAUGAGGAAGAGUAA